AUGGAGAACCCCUUUGGCAGGGCGAAAAAGAAGGCAACCCGCCAUGUUCUGCACUGUAGUCUGUGCAGAAGAACUCGGUUUUGGAGGAGGAGUGCCCGUCGGACACAAAAUGAAGGUCAUCCAAAGUGGUUCGUUCUGGGUGUUGGACAAGUCAUAAAAGGGUUAGAUAUUGCUAUGAUGAAUAUGUGUCCUGGAGAAAAACGAAAAGUGGUCAUUCCUCCGUCGUUAGCAUAUGGACAGCAAGGAUACGCACAGGGAAAGAUUCCACCCAAUGCAACAUUGAUCUUUGAGAUUGAACUUUAUGCAGUAAAUAAGGGACCUCGCAGUGUUGAAGCAUUUAAUCAAAUAGACAAGGACAGUGACAAGAAACUCUCUGAACUUGAGAUAAGUCAGUAUUUGAAAGAAGAAUUUGCAAGAGAUGGCAAAAAACGUCAUCCCUCAGUCCAUGAUGAAAUUUUAGCUGAUAUAUUUAAGAAGAAUGACCACGAUGGAGAUGGUUUCAUAUCAGCAAAGGAGUACAAUGUCUACCAGCAUGAUGAACUCUAAGUACUUAAAAAAUCUUUGGCUGUUUUCUGGACACUGAAUUUUAAAUAAUAAUACUUUGUCACAGGAUUAUUUUUUUUUUUUAUAGUGGCAUCUUUUUAUAUCUCUUAAGGCAACUGUAAAAAAAUCUUAUUUUUAUCAUUCAACUAACAAAAUGCGUUGGAUCUUUCAAAAGAAAAAAAUAAAAUGGGAAA